AAUACAAACGCCGCUUUUCCAUAUCAGGUUUUCAAUUUUAUUUUGUGCCUUCGCCAACCUCGUCUCUUUUUCAGGUUACGUCUCCCUUUAUAAUACUUGCAUUGUCUGCCACCAUGGAACCCUAGCCAUAUAUCUCUAGCUUCCCUAUUGCGGUUCACUUGUCAUCGAUCUAGAUACAGAUAUAUAAUUAACAAGCAAUCCCCUGCAUCCCGACAUAUAUAAGCGCAGAGAGGGAGAGAGAGAGAGAGAGAAGGAGAGUCGGAGGAGAAAUGAGGAGUCCAAGGGUAAAAGGGCAGAUCACGCCAUGUUGUAGCAAGGUAGGGAUAAAGAGAGGACCAUGGACGCCGGAGGAAGAUGAGGUUUUGGCCAAUUUCGUGAAGAAGGAAGGUGAAGGACGGUGGCGCACGCUUCCCAAGAGGGCGGGGCUGCAACGCUGCGGCAAGAGCUGCCGUCUCCGAUGGAUGAACUAUCUUCGUCCCUCCGUCAAGAGAGGCCAUAUUGCUCCGGACGAGGAAGAUCUCAUCCUUCGCCUUCACCGCUUGCUGGGCAACAGGUGGUCUCUGAUAGCUGGGAGGAUACCUGGAAGGACCGAUAACGAGAUCAAGAACUACUGGAAUACCCAUCUCAGCAAGAAGCUCAUAAGUCAGGGAAUAGACCCUAGGACUCACAAGCCCUUACUCACACUCGCCAGUAAUUCCAAAUCUCAGCAAGCCUAUCAUGAAUCCAAUACAAGCACAUCCAAUAAUCCUCAAUCAUCAGUCCCAGAAAUUAAUAAUGUCUCCGCUUGCGCAAGAGAGAUUGGUGGCUGCAGCCGGCAAGAUCAGACAAACGCUAUCCAAAACAACAGUUCUAUCACUGUUGGGAAUAACUGGGGGAGAAGUAGCGGCAAAGUGGUGAGGCUCGAGAGUGGGGUUGAGGUUGAAGGAGAAGUUGGGAAGAUUACGGGGGAGGAAGAUGCCCUAUCUUCUUUUCUGGAAUCUUUGAUCAACGACAACGAAGUACUUGGGAAUCAACAGACGACGCAGGCUGUCGUCGACCACCAAGUAUUUCCGGCCCCGCCGCCACAUCCAAUGGCUUCUUCUUCCCAGCAAUUUUUCGAUCUUUCCUUCUGGGAAGCUGAAUUCCAGAGUUUCGGAGGCGAUCAACAGUAUGGUUGCUCCUUCAAGUAAUCAUCAUCACUCGCUCUCUACUUGUGAACCUGCAAAGAUUAUGCGGGUAAUAUGUAUAUGUUAUAGCUACCUAGUAUGCUAAAUUAAUUUGUUCAGCAACUGUGAUUUGCUUUUGUUAUUGUGUUUGGAUAAGGGUCCUGUUCCUUAUAUAGUGAACCAGUCAAUCUGGGCAGUCGAAUUUGUGUAAGACUAUUUGUGCACGAACCUUCAAGUAUACCAUAUGGAUAUCAUUGUAUCCUACAGUCUCUUAAAAGCUGUAAACAUUGUGUUAGGUUUGCUUCCUUUCUUGUAUUGUGAAAGUACAUUCGACAUAUUUGAUUAGCAUUCUAAA